AUGGGCAAGAGCUGCCUGGCUGGAGUUCGUGGAAGCAGGGUCUUUACCGGGUACGCCGUGUCUGGGUGUGAGCCUGACAUGUGCCUGUCGCCAGACGACACCACUGGCUACACCUUGAAAGAAACUUCCCUGGCGAUCCACAAUUUCGGUGCGACCGUGGAGUGCGCUGCCGGCUACAUCGGCACCCCCAAGGUGACGAUCUGUUCCGGCCAUGACACCGCAUAUGUCAUUGACGGCUGCAUGGAAACUACUACCACCACUUCCACGACAACGACCACCACGACCACGUCAACGACAACCACUACCACCACCUCCACAACAACUACGACCACCAUCACGACCACCUCGACAACAACGAUCACAACCACCACCACGAUCACGACCACAACUACCACAACAAGCACCAGCACAAGCACCACGACCACCACCAUCACAACCACAUCAACCACUACCACUACAUCGACCACUACCAUUACUACAACCACCACCAGCACAACCACCACUACCACAAGCACCAUCACGACCACAUCCACAGUUACCACCACGACAACGACCUCUACAACCACCUCUACAACAACGAUCACGACAACCACAACCACCACGAGCACCACAACGAGCACUACCACCACCACAACCAGCACCACCACCACUACUACUACGACCUCCACGUCCACCACAACUUCGACCAUCACCACAACCACGGUCACAAGUACCACCACCACGACUUCAACGACCACGACGUCUACAACCACCACUACGUCAACGACCACGACCACCACGAGCACUUCCACCAGCACUACCACCACAAGCACUACUACCAGCACUACCACGACCUCGACAACCACAAUCACAACGACAACCAUCACCACCACCUCAACCAUCACCACCACCACGAUCACCACCACCUCCACCAGCACAACCACCACCACCACGAGCACAUCAACGACCACAACCACGACCUCCACCACAACGAUCACCACGACCACCAUCACCACGACAUCUACCACGACUUCCACGACGACAACCUCCACGACGACGUCGACCACCACAACUUCGACGACCACCACCACGAGCACCACCACCACCAGCACCACCACCACCACGUCGACCACCACGACCACGACCACGCCUGCAGUCGACAAGUAUGGCUCCAUCAUGCUCAACGGCAAGCUUUUCCACAAGUUCUGGUGGUAUGUCAAGGACACCGAGUUCCCAGCUGGCAAGAACGACGUCUUCGCGGACUGGUACGGCGCCUGCCAGCACCUGGACGCCUACUGCUUCGGAAAGCUCCCUGAGGUCGACGAGCAUGGGCUGGAGCUGCUUGCCGUGGAUGACAUGGACAACCAGCUCCUGUGGGAGUUCGAUGCCAAGAACCCCGUGUCCCAUGCGGCCUUCCAGGCCAUGAGGUAUGGCAAAGUCACCAAGAAGACCACGGGCACUGCGUGGACGCCAAAGGUCCUGAAGGGCUCCUUCACGAAUGCCGCGCAGACCACCGUCAUGUACCGCGAGCAGGAUGGGAUCAAGUCCUUCCUGCUGGACGACGAUGCCUGC